UCUCACCCCACCGGUUCUCUGUGCGAAACCAUUCAGAGGAAUCGAAGUGGAGAGAGACUGGGAGGAGGAAGGGGGAAGGCGAGAUCUUGGGAUUUCUUGGGUUGCUGGUCGAUAGAUCUGGGCCGUAGAUCGGAGAACAGACAGCCGGAUCCCGUCCACCAGUCCCCUAAGAUGAACAUCUUCCGGUUAGCGGGUGACAUGACGCAUCUGAUGAGCGUCAUCGUCCUGCUCCUUAAGAUCCACACCAUUAAAUCCUGUGCCGGUAUUUCUUUGAAGACACAAGAGCUUUAUGCUCUUGUUUUUGCUACUCGGUAUUUGGAUAUCUUUACUGAUUUUAUCUCACUCUAUAAUACAAUUAUGAAGUUAAUUUUCUUGGCGAGCUCAUUCUCAAUUGUCUGGUAUAUGAGACAACACAAGAUUGUCCGUAGAUCUUAUGAUAAGGAUCAAGACACCUUUCGCCAUCUUUUUCUAAUAUUACCAUGCCUGCUUUUGGCUUUAUUCAUAAAUGAGAAGUUCACCUUUAAGGAGGUAAUGUGGACAUUCUCCUUGUUUUUGGAGGCAGUUGCAAUACUUCCUCAGCUGGUAUUACUGCAGAGGACGAGGAACAUUGACAACUUGACUGGGCAAUAUGUUUUUCUCCUAGGUGCAUACAGAGCAUUGUAUAUCCUCAACUGGAUUUACCGCUACUUCACUGAGCCACACUAUGUUCAUUGGAUAACUUGGAUAUCUGGACUGGUGCAGACAUUGCUUUAUGCCGAUUUCUUUUAUUAUUACUUCAAUAGCUGGAAGAACAAUGUCAAGCUUCAAUUACCUGCUUAACUGCAUCUCAGAUUUUGGAUUAGUUGUGGUGGAUGAGGGCAGCACGUAGAACAUGAAUUCUUGUCAAUUGGUAUAACAAUUUAUUUUACUUAAGUGCAUUAUUGUGCUUGAUGGGCUGGCAGUAUAGUAUUCUUUUUAGUCCAGGAGAGUCGUCUACAAUCGUGUAUCAUCAGUCUGGGAAAACCAUUUCUGAUUUGCUGGCUGUAUUACCUUUUUUGUGUAACCAUCACAAAUCUUUUAUAGCAAUUGUUGUCUGUAAACUACAUCUCUCAUGUAAUUUUCGAAAUUUAAGUACACAACCUUUAAAAUUUCUCAGCUAUGAUA